UUCUUUUCCUGUUUCCAGUUAGGAGACAUGUCUUUAAGUGAUAAUGCCAGCAUGUGCCUGAUGAGUAUCAUCAAAAGACUAGCUGCCCUGAACGUCACAGAGAAAGAAUAUAGGGAAAUCAUUCAUCGUUCACUCCUGGAGAAGUUGAGGAAAGGAUUGAAGAGCCAGACAGAGAAUAUACAACAGGAUUAUACCACAGUGCUUUCCUGUUUAGUUCAAACCUUUCCAGAUCAACCAGAAUUUAAAGACUUGGUACAGCUUACUGAUUGCCAUGAUCCAGAAAUGGACUUCUUUGAGAAUAUGAAGCACAUUCAGAUCCACAGAAGAGCAAGAGCCUUGAAGAAACUGGCAAAACAACUAAUGGAAGGCAAAGUUGUGCUUUCUUCUAAAGCUCUUCAGAAUUACAUCAUGCCUUAUGCCAUGACUCCAAUUUUUGAUGAGAAAAUGCUCAAGCAUGAAAAUAUAACCACUGCUGCCACAGAAGUUAUUGGAGCUAUUUGCAGACAUCUCUCUUGGUCAGCAUAUAUCUAUUACUUGAAACAUUUCAUUCAUGUUUUACAGACAGGACAGAUCAAUCAAAAGCUGGGUGUCAGUUUGCUAGUAAUAGUGUUAGAAGCAUUCCACUUUGACCACAAAACUCUUGAAGAACAAGUGAGAAAAAUCCAGAAUGAUGAAAACACAAUAGAAGUGAUUGAGUUGCCCGAGCAUGAAACCAUGGAAUUAGAGCAAAUGGAUGAGGAAGAGAAAGAAAACAAAUGGAAGAGUUUGUCAGACAAUAGCCAAGAAUUGGGAAAUCCUGAUCCAGCUGAUUGUGAAGGGACAUCAGCUAGAGAACCUGAGUGUAUCACGGAGUCCAUCUCUUUCCUUCCUCGGAAUAAGGAAGAAUUGGAGAGAACAAUUAAAAAUAUCCAAGGAACCAUAACUGGGGAUAUCCUUCCCCGGCUACAUAAAUGCCUGGCAUCUACGACUAAAAGGGAAGAAGAACACAAGCUCAUAAAAUCCAAAGUUGUGAAUGAUGAGGAAGUAGUUCGCGUUCCUUUAGCUUUUGCCAUGGUUAAACUAAUGCAGUCCCUUCCACAAGAAGUUAUGGAAGCUAAUCUGCCAAGUAUUUUGUUGAAAGUGUGUGCCCUCCUCAAGAACAGAGCACAGGAAAUCAGAGACAUUGCACGCAGCACUCUAGCAAAAAUAAUAGAAGAUCUAGGUGUGCACUACCUACAGUAUAUUUUAAAAGAGUUACAGACUACCCUUGUCCGUGGAUAUCAGGUCCAUGUGCUAACUUUCACUGUUUACAUGUUGCUGCAAGGCCUCACCAACAAGCUUCAAGUUGGGGAUUUGGACUCUUGUUUAGAUAUAAUGAUAGAGAUUUUUAACCAUGAGUUGUUUGGUGCCAUUGCUGAAGAGAAGGAAGUGAAGCAGAUCCUCUCCAAGGUCAUGGAGGCACGAAGAAGCAAAAGUUACGAUUCUUAUGAAAUCCUGGGCAAGUUUAUAGGAAAAGAUCAGGUUACAAAACUUAUCCUUCCAUUAAAAGAGAUCUUACAAAAUACCACAAGUUUAAAACUGGCCCGGAAAGUUCAUGAAACCUUGCGCCGAAUCAUAGCAGGAUUAAUUGUAAAUCAGGAAAUGACUGCAGAAUCCAUUCUAUUGCUCAGUUAUGGUUUGGUCAGUGAAAAUCUCCCCCUGUUAACAGAAAAAGAAAAAAAUCCAGGAACCCAUGCACUAGAUCCACGUCUCCCACCCGAGAGCUGUCUUCUGCUCCCCCCAACUCCAGUUCGAGGUGGGCAGAAAGCUGCUGUGAGCAGGAAAACCAACAUGCACAUAUUUAUUGAGUCCGGGCUUCGGCUGCUACAUCUGAGUCUGAAGACUUCCAAGAUCAAGUCUUCAAGUGAACCUGUUCUGGAAAUGUUGGAUCCUUUUGUCUCUCUCCUCAUAGACUGCCUGGUUUCCAUGGAUGUGAAGGUGAUCACAGGUGCUUUACAAUGCCUGAUCUGGGUCUUGAGGUUCCCUCUGCCUUCCAUAGAAACAAAAGCAGAACAACUGACCAAACACCUUUUCCUUUUGCUGAAGGACUAUGCAAAACUUGGAGCUGCCAGGGGCCAGAACUUCCACCUGGUGGUAAAUUGUUUCAAGUGUGUGACCAUACUUGUGAAGAAAGUGAAGUCUUACCAGAUAACCGAGAAGCAGCUUCAAGUUCUGCUAGCAUAUGCUGAGGAAGACAUUUAUGAUACCUCAAGACAGGCUACUGCAUUUGGUCUUCUGAAGGCCAUUUUAUCAAGAAAGUUGUUGGUCCCGGAAAUCGAUGAUGUCAUGCGGAAAGUAUCUAAGUUGGCAAUUUCUGCACAAAGUGAACCUGUCAGAGUCCAGUGCAGACAGGUUUUUCUGAAAUAUAUUCUUGACUAUCCCCUGGGUGACAAAUUGAGACCAAACUUGGAAUUCAUGCUUGCUCAACUGAAUUACGAACAUGAGACUGGGAGAGAGUCUGCGCUGGAAAUGAUCUCCUAUCUCUUUGACACAUUCCCUCAGGGACUGCUCCAUGAGAACUGUGGAAUGUUCUUUAUUCCUCUUUGUCUAAUGAUGGUGAAUGAUGACUCUGCCAUGUGUAAAAAGAUGGCAUCCAUGACAAUCAAAUCUUUACUCAGUAAAAUCAACCUUGAGAAAAAAGAUUGGCUCUUUGAAAUGGUUACCACCUGGUUUGGAGCAAAAAAGAGCUUAAAUAGACAACUGGCUGCCCUCAUCUGUGGCUUGUUUGUGGAAAGUGAAGGAGUCUCUUUUGAGAGAAGACUUGGAACUGUUCUUCCUGUGAUCGAAAAGGAAAUUGAUCCCGAAAACUUUAAAGAUAUCAUGGAAGAGACUGAAGAAAAAGCUGCAGAUCGCCUUCUGUUUAGUUUUCUUACACUGAUUAGUAAACUCAUCAAGGAAUGUAAUAUUAUUCAGUUUACCAAGCCCUCUGAGACGUUGAAUAAAAUCUGGAGUUAUGUGCACUGUCACCUGAGACAUCCACACAGCUGGGUGUGGCUCACUGCAGCCCAGAUUUUUGGAUUACUCUUUGCCUCUUGCCAACCAGAGGAACUUAUUAGAAGACAGAAGGCCAAAAAAACUAAAAAGAAACUCUCAGUACCUGUAGCAAUAAGGUUCCUAACAAAUGACCUUGAGCAAAAGAUGAAAAGUAUCUCCCUAGCCUCUUGCCAUCAAUUGCAUUCCAAAUUCUUAGAUCAGUCCCUAGGAGAGCAGGUUGUUAAGAAUUUGUUAUUUGUAGCCAAAGUCUUGUAUUUACUGGAACCUGAAUCUGAGGAUAAGCAAGGUAAGAUAAAAGAAGACAUGGAAGAACAAGAAGCUUUAGGAGAUGGUGUGGCCAGAGGGGAAGUGAAAGAACACAAGUCCUGUGCAGAUGUGAAGAUGGACCCUGACAAAGAAGAGAACGAGGAGGCAAAGGAAGAACACAGCAAGCCAGCCACACUGCUGUGGCUGAUCCAGAAGUUGUCCCGGAUCGCAAAACUGGAGGCUGCCUAUUCACCUAGAAACCCCUUAAAGAGAUCGUGCAUCUUUAAGUUUCUCGGAGCUGUAGCAUUGGAUCUUGGAAUAGACAAGGUGAAGCCGUAUCUCCCAGUGAUCAUAGCUCCUUUGUUCCGAGAAAUGAACAGCACCUACUCGGACCAGGAUCCUAUGCUGAAGAAUCUAUCCCAGGAAAUCAUAGAAUUACUCAAAAAGCUGGUUGGACUUGAGAGCUUCUCCUUAGCCUUUGCCUCAGUACAGAAACAGGCUAAUGAGAAAAGGGCACUCCGGAAAAAGAGGAAGGCUUUAGAGUUCGUAACUAAUCCUGAUAUUGCUGCCAAGAAAAAGCUGAAGAAACACAAAAAUAAAAGUGAAGCAAAGAAGAGAAAGAUAGAGAUCCUGCGUCCAGGCUAUAAGACCAAGAGACAAAAGAGCCACAGCCUGAAAGAUUUAGCAAUGGUGGAGUAAUAUGCUCCCUCUGCUGAUAAAGUAUCACAAUUUACCCCAAAGCAUGAACUUCUCCGUGUAUCUGCUGGUCUGAAAUCACAGCAGGUUUUAUUAUUUAAGUUAAACUGGCACAGAUUGUAUAUUACACAGUUUAAUCAUGCUUAUAUUUUUUAAAUUAAAACAUUUUCAUAAUACUACUGUA